AUGUUCCUGCACAGCCUUCCUAUUCCGGUGGAGAAUGCUCUAACUCCCAUUCCCAGGCAUCAUACCUCAAGUCCUCCUCCUACUUACAACCGUUCCCAAACACACCGAUUCUUCCGUCUUUCAUUGUUCCCCAGUUUUCACACUCCCAGCACCGCUCUUCCUCCGCCACAUGUGGCUGUCGUUUCGGGAUCCUCGCAGCAGCCGGAGCCGUUGCCGUCGGAGCUGCGGCCUGAUCUGAUGCCGAAGCACGUGGCGGUGAUUAUGGACGGAAACGGGAGGUGGGCUAAAAUGAGGGGGCUGCCACCCUCGUUGGGUCACAAGGCCGGCGUAGAGUCGCUGAAGAGGAUCAUCGAUCUGUGUUGCAGUUGGGGGAUCAAGGUUCUGACCGUUUUCGCGUUUUCUGUUGAUAAUUGGGUUCGUCCAAAGGUGGAGGUUGAUUUUUUGAUGGCGCUCUUUGGAAGUACCAUAAACAACUUAAUUGAAUCUUACAACAGGAAAGACAUCAAAAUAUCAGUAAUAGGAGACACAUCGAAACUCCCAGACUCUCUGCAAGGAGUCAUAAACAACAUGGAAGAGAGAACGAAGCAAAACUGUGGACUGCAACUUAUCGUAGCAAUUAGCUACAGCGGCAAAUACGACGUCGUGCAAGCCUGCAAAGCUGUGGCUGGGAAGGUCAAAGAUGGCAUUAUUGAAGUAGAAGACAUUAACGAAGGUGUGAUGGAGCAAGAACUUGAAACCAGGUGCAGCAAGUUUCCAAACCCGGACCUAAUGAUCCGAACCAGUGGCGAACUCAGAGUGAGCAACUUCUUGUUGUGGCAACUUGCUUAUACUGAACUCUUCUUUGAUCCUCACCUCUGGCCUGAUUUUGAUAAGGAUCAGUUUGUGGAGGCCUUGGCUUCGUUUCAGCAAAGGCAGAGGCGCUUUGGUUCAAGACAUUGA